AUGGCGAAACGUAAAAGAUACAUCUCGGCAGAUGAAGAAGACAGAAUCACUAGGAAGAUUUUCGAAGUUACUCUGCGCAAAUCACCGGAGGAUGAGAUUCCGACUCUGACAACUAAUGAAAUCUUUUUAGAGAAGACAGCGUCAAAACUUGUGAGCGAAAAUAAAUCACUCAACUUAUGUGAAGACCUAAUGGAGACGGUCCUUAUUGACCGUUGUUUCUCCGGUGAGUUUAAUGAUGCUGAACCAGCUUUUACUUACUUAAUCGGAUGUUAUCGUCGUGCUUUUGAACAAGAGAAACAAAUCAAUAUACUCAUGAAUAAGGACCUUGAACAUGACAUGACUUCUAUUGUGAAACGAGAAAAAAGUUUAGCUGUUUCUUAUUGCCUCAUGAUAUAUCUAGUAAACUCUAUUAGAUUCCCCGUCAAUAAGGUUUCUAGUUUUAAUGAGUCGCCGCUUGUCCGGUUGCUCUUUGCAAAAGUUUCACCGCGCAAGAACGCAGGUCAUUCGUUGGAUUGCCCGCCAGGGUUUUUCACUGAUAUUCUCGAAAAAAUGGACAUUUCAACACUGAAUUUAGUUUUGAGGUCAUUAUACGAGGAUUUGAGUAGAUUGGUUCUUAAAGAAUCUCUUUUAAGCGAUUUGUUUCUGCAACCGUUGGCGGCAUUGACAUAUUUAAUUGAAUCUCCACAAGGGGCGAAAGCUCUAGUGAAUCAUCCGAUGUGGUUACCAAAAGGUGCUAAUGGACUCGAAAUUGAGAAGACGAGCAUAUUGGGUCCUUUCUUUCAUGUCAGUCUUAUUUCAGAUGAUUUGAGUGCAACCAAUAGAAGUUACGCAAAUUGUUUACAUGAUGGACUGGAAAAGGUGCUUCUACUUCUCUUGGAAAAUGCUGAUACACGAGAGAGUGUUCUUCAGUUUAUAGCGGAGUUAAUCUUGAAGAACUCUUCAAUGGCUAAUAUACACGUCGAUAAAACUUGUGCAAGUUUAGGCAUGUUUGUCAAUCUCGGUGCUGUUAUGCUUCGGCUCUUCAAGAAUUUCUUCGAUACAGAUACAAGAAGUAAGGAUGAAAUAGAUGUAAGAUAUGUAAUCUACGGUACUCGUUUGAACUUGAGUAAGUCGACUUCCCUCCACUCAUCGUUGGACGAAGUUGUGGCAUGGAUUAUUCGGAACAAUGCGGAUGCUGUGAAGCUAAUUUCAGGGAGAACUUCCAGUUUGAAAACUGAACAUACAUUUUUUUGUGAAUGGUAUUUUAUGACGGCAAGGGUGCUCCAUUUGGGGCUAAUAAAGUCACUCUCUGAGUUAGAACUUGAGUAUCAAGAAAUGGAAGAAAUUGAUCCGUAUAGUUUAAAAGAGAUGGUGGGAGCAGCUUCCUUCCCUCAGCGCAACCUGGAUGCCGAACAAGAUCUAGACGAAGAGUUCCAAUUUUGUUGGCGGAAAUACUGCAGUUAUAUAUACCAGGUACUGCUUGAUAAACCAUUGCUUCAGCAGGCACUUUCUUUCUACCAGUUGAUGCUUACUUGGUUAGUUGACCAUGUCGGCGGGUUUAGAAUGCCAUUACCAUUAACAUGUCCAAUCGAGUUUGCCUGUGUGCCUGAACAUUUUGUGGAAGAUGCCAUUGGAUUGCUUAUUGCUGUGUUUAAGUACUCGAAGUUGAUAGGUGGAGAAAUUCUUCCUAAAAUGGACGAAUACAUGAACUUCAUGAUGUUCAUGGCUAAUCCAAAAUAUAUAAGAAACUCAUACAUCAGAGAACAGAUGGUGGAACUCUUGAGUUUGUUUGUUGUUAGGAAUCCUUGGGCCUAA